AUGGGCAGGUACCAUCCCUGUUCUGAGUUUGUGGGCAGGGUGGGGAGCACCCCUUGCGGCAGCCCUAAUCCCCCCCCGUGGUGGGGCAGCAGUGGGGGCCCCCCCCCCCGCUCAGCAUGUACCCUCCCCCCAGAUGGCGCGCCCCGCUCGGCCGGCUGGCGGGAGCACCCUGAGGGCCGGCGCCGCAAGUUCGACUUUGACUUCCGGGAGCGGGAGGAGGAGCGGGGCGGACGGCGGCACCGGGGCAGCGACAGCUUCGAGGACGACAAGGACGGGCUGCCCGAGUGGUGCAUGGAUGACGAGGACGAGGAGAUGGGCACCUUCGACUCCUCUGGCGCCUUCAUGCCCCUCAAGAAGAGCCCCAAGGAGUCAAUCCCUGAGGAGCAGGUGUUCGACUUCCAUCCGCUGCAGGAAGAUGAUGAGAGGUCGGAAGGGAAGGACGACGCCGAGCCCGGCUCGAAGGAGGCCCCCGAGAAAGAGGCCUGGAAGGAUCCCUCGAUGGCCCCGGAGGAGAAGCGAUGUUCCCCGCCCGGCGCCCCCUGGCUGUCGGGCCCCCCUUUUGCUGCUACUGUUGCCACUGCCACUAGUGAAUGUGAGAGCGCCCCACUGGGGGGCUCAGACCCCGCCGCGCCCCUCGGCACCUGUGACAAGGAGCCGAAGCCCGCUGCGGAAGGGGACCCAGGUGUCCUGAGCCUCCCGUCUCAGCUCAGCACGGGCGCGGUCUCCACCCUCUCCUCCCCUUCCUCCACCACCAAUGCUGCUACUGAGUUCUCCAUUGGAGACACUGAGGACGAUGACGGGAUGAAACAUCUUCAGCAGGUGAGCAGGGGAGCCCGGAUGCCUGGGUUCUCUCCCUGGCUCUGGGAGGGGAGGGGGGCUGGUGGGUGA